AUGGAACGAGAAACAAAAGCCUCUCGGCCUUUCGUCUUCAUUCUAAGUGUUGGCGCCAUUCAAGUCUUGGGGAUUGCUGCAAUCGUAAUGACAGCCGUGUGGAUGGCGAAGUACCUUGGUGGGUUUGCAUGGGACGGUUCAAGCCAGGAGUUUAACUAUCAUCCUUUACUAAUGGUUACAAGUAUGGUCUUCCUAUUCAGCGAAGGUACGAUCGAACUAAUAUAUUUAAUAUUUUAGCAGUAUACAAUGGCGCUCAUUAUGCAACACCUGUUUUCAAACAACAAAAUUUAACUUAGAGCUAAAAAUAAUAAGGGCAUUCGAUUGCUUUCUUAGUAUUUUAUUUGACUCUUGAUCCCAAAAUGCUCUGUCAUUGUGAAGUGCGGUUCACAAAGCAAGGGAGAAAAUGACUGAAACCAAAUUUCAAAAUCAAAUUCGAAAGAUCCGAUUUUUUUUAAACAACUGGGAGAUACGGAAGGACCCGAAAUAUUUGAUUAAUUUGUCACCCUGGCUUGUCAAAAUCGCCAAUCAGUCGACAUCCUGACAGAGCGCUAUUUCUGCCCUCAGAUGUUUGUGCUUACAUGUUUAGAAAACCUUCACAUAUCUUAGGUAACUUUCCAGCUAGUUUCCAUUUUUCAUCUGCUCCUUCCACAGGGCACCCAGAAUCACAAAAGCCUACUGGAAGCCAAAUUAUAAGGAUUUGUAUGGGACUUUGUCUAAGAUCGAUAAAAUGGUUACAGUGCGACCUGGAAAAAUCAAAAUACCCUCGGCAGGGAUAGACAGGGGAAAAUCAACCGAUACAAAACCAGAUUCGCAGGGUUGCCUAGGGAAGGCUUUUGCUCAUUUUUACAAAGAAGUGGCAGGAGAAUUACGGGUCCCUAUCGAGGGGAUUUUGAAUGUCUGGCAUGGCUACCAAGCCAAGAACAAUGCCAUCGGUAGUUCACUGCGAAGAAGAGAGGUUCAACAGAAGCGCUAAGUUCAAUUUUUUUCGGUACAUUUCUUGUCCUCUUGAGGCCAUGGCUUGAUGUUUGGAACUAAACUGACAUUUUCAAGGAAGAAAAAUCUUCAGUCUAUGCUCAAGCGUACUGAGUUCGAAAUUAACCCCUUGGAAAGUGAUUUUUUAUCGUCCAAUCCCCCUUCCCUCUGGAAUUUCCAAUUCUCUCUGUGGUGGGGGUAUGAAUAUUUUCAGGAGCCACACAAUAUUGGUUUUUGAGGUUGAGGUCUCAAAAUGGCCUAAUUUUUAACCUGAAAGUCGCUAACAUCAACUUCCCUUGGGUUCUCAAGCGAAGCUGUGUGGAGAAAAAUUGACAAUUCCCAUCAGCAGAACAACUCUUUUUCUUUCACUAGAAGAUAGUUUCAGGGAAAUAGUAAGACUCGUCAAACUGAAAUAAUUCAUAAACAAGGAAUAGGUUUUCACGAUAACGAAAACGUAAGGUUGUCACUCAUUUCGACGGUAGUAUUUAACAUGUAGUAUAACUCCAAAUUCUCUUCAUCCUGUUUAAAUCACACAUUAGACAUUGGGCAUUGGCUUGAAAGCAUUGGAGUCCGACAAAUUUUAGUGAAGCGGGACCGAAAUAGCUUAUUAUUUUAAUGGCUGCGAGUUUCCUUGUUUUGUAAUGUAACCAAGCAAAAUAUCUUCUUGUUUCCUUAUCCAUAGUGAAUUACCAUUGUCAAGUCCUUUUAUCUCCGUAAAAAGUAAGUACUAGAAUUCUAGCGCGAUGGAGUUUUUCUUCCUCAAAACAUAUCCAUCAAAAUGUAUAAACCGAUAGUUGCGUUACUACUGACGGUGACUUUGUGACUGACAUAUUGAAUGCACGGACUUUCUUCAAACGUACGUUACGUCAAUGGCACUCAUGAAACAGAUCGUAACGUAGAGUUGCGAACUAGUGGAGUUUGGUGUUUCAAAAUGGCUAAAAUUGACCCAAAUUGACUUCUGUUCCUCACUCCUUGAUUAGAAAAGCAACUAUGAAAUGGGAAAACGUACAAGAAGUAAGAAGAAGUAGCACUUAGGGUUCAAAUAUCUACUUUUGUGUAUUCAAAAUAAUUGGAAGUGUUUACACAAUCACCAUUGGCCCCUACCAUAAAAUUUCCUGAAUUUCAAUGCUGUCUUACAGAGAUUUCCUUCACGAAACCAAGCCAAUUCCCAGUUGUCUUUUAGAUGAAUGUCUAAAUGUGUGAUUUAACUAGAAGGAAGACAAUUUGGAGCUAUACCACAUGUUAAAUUUUGCUGUCGAAAAUGACUAAUAAACUUAAGUUUUUGUUAUCGUGAAAACCUAGUCCUCAUUUUAAGAAUUAUUUCAGUUCAACGUGUUUUGCUAUUUCCCUAAACGUAUCUUCUAGUGAAAGAUAUAGAGUUGUUAUGUUGAUGGGAAGUGUCCAAAUUUCUCAGUGCGGCUUUGUUUGCGAACAUGAUGAAAGUUGAUGUUAGCGAAUUUCAGGUUAAAAAUUAGACCAUUCUGAGACUCUGAAGCCUAAAACCGGUAUUCUAAUUUUUCUCGCAAAUAAAAGGCCUUUGGUGGGAACAAUUUACAUCAGGUUUCUUAUCUACCUAAAAGCUAUUUAUGGACAAAAAACGAAAUAAAUCUUUCAACUCUUGCCACGUAAUCAAGAUUUUGCUCGAUUUUUCCUGACCGUCGCUCUUAAAUCUUUAGUGUUGCAUGACCUUUUUGGUCACUUUUUAUCAAACAAGUUGUUGUUUUCAUUUUUAUACAAAUAAAGCCUUGAGCAUCUUUUAAACAAUAAAUUGAGGCCUGGUAACUGUGCUAACUAGUAGGGUGCAAGAAUGGUAGAGCACCAUAGCACUUAAACACAGAGGCCAUGGGUUCAAAUCCCAUUGAAGUCCCGAAAAAAUUUUUCUGGUUUAUUUGCAAUUGCUUAAAUUGCAAUUACCACUGCCAGGAUCAUAUCUUCAUUUAAAAUUUGUAUUUCUGCAGUUCACAUUAUCUUCUGAAAAAAGCUUUGUUAAUGCUUUAGAACAUGCCAGAAAGAAACCUCUGCUAGCAGGGUAAUGCUAAGAUUAUAGUUUUCAAAAUUUGACUUGUUUGGGUUAAAAGUGACACGGUCCCCUUGACUUCUCUCUUCACUUCUUCUUUCAAAUUCUUUUAAAAUCAAGGAGGGAAAAGAAAUUGACUGAUAUUACUCAUUCGGUCACAGUUUGAAAGGUGUCUCCCCUUGUACAGGUUAGGUGUCAAUUUUGUCUGUAACCCUUAAAACUGUUGAAUUGGGAUCUACUUGGAUGGUCAGGGGCUAGCUCAAUUGUAAACUGGGUAACAAUCAGCCAGUCUCUGCUCCCCGACUAGUUCAGUGGGGAAAGGGCCAGUCUGCCGAGCAGGAGGUCGUGGGUUCAAACUUCAUCCAGACCAACAACUAGGGUUUUUAAUCCUUUAAGUCCUGAGAGUGAUCAGCAUCAAAUUUCUCUUUGUAAUAUCAAUGCUUUGUAAAACUGAGAGGUCAUGGGAAUUACGGACUUGAUCACACAAGAUGAAUUUACUUGAUAUUUGAUCAACUUCUCUCCACUACUUCUGUAGGAAAUGAAUUAGGGCAACAAAUGAGAAUUUAAAUUUUGAUCUUAGGGGUUUAAAGGGUUAAAUUACUGCUGCUGGUUAAUUAACACCUUGUAUCAGUUCAAAUGAUCACAUCAUUGGGUGGUGACAUUAAGCCAGGAGCCUUAAUGUCUCCUUGACCCUUCUUUCCUUAGUCAACCCUAACUCAGGGUUCACAAAUAUGCCAAAAUUGUUUAGAUGACUCCGGCGAGCUUACAGAGGGAGUCACUUCAACUCGAGAAAUUUUCGGUAACAAACAGGGAGCCACUUCGACUCCAGAAAUUUUCGGUAACAAACAGAGUUUUGUCUUUACCUUUUUCGCAACAAAUACAAUUUACGUUAAUGUAAACGUUGCAAACCUUAAUUAACUCAUCAAAAUUAAGAAAUUAUACUGCACGACAAAACAGGAAGAGGGUAAAUUACGAUCAAAGUUUACUUGUUGACCGCCAUCAUGGAUUUGAGCUUUCCAGGUCAACAGACCGCCACAGCUAUUUCAUGUAUCCCUCACGAUAGUGUAUACAUGCCAGGACCGCGUACUGGAAAGUGUAAAAAUGGCUUUUUUCGUUGUGAUACUUGACUGCAAAUAUUCCAAAAUGACUCCAAAAUUUGUGAAGCAGAAGUCACACUGACUCCACUCAUCAAUAAAAUUUGCAAACCCUGCUCACUACUGGAUAAAAAGAGUAGGCAGGAGUUUCCCAGGUGGUGUGGUAUACCUUUCACUCAUCAUUCAUCUUGGGCUGGGUGGGGGCAGUUAACUCAUAAAUGAACUGAUAGCAGCUGCUAGUGGCACCCUUGUAUGCUGAUGUCCAAGCUUACUGUUAACAUGGUGAUAUAUAAUGUAAAGAGGACACGUCUGUUGUCCUCUCAUCCACAACAUUUCAUUUCAUCUCAUUCAUUUCAGUCAAUUAAUCAAACGUCUCCUAGUCAGUAGUCUGUAAUAGUUGUAUUGUACUAUUUCUAAAUAUAUUGACAUAAUUUAGGAUUUUCUUGAUGUUUGAUUUAGGGAAAUUCAUGAAAAAGAAAGAAUGAAAAAAUAAUAAGUAAUGUUAUAAUAAUAAAACUUAAUUGUAUGAUCCCUCUGGAACUGUUUCUGUGUUCUUUUGCUCCUGCUAUUUCUUCUUAUUUUAACUCAUUGUACAUAUUUUUCAGCCAUAAUUGUUUACCGAGUCUUCCGGCAUGAAAACAAGUUUGUUGUAAAGUUGGUCCAUUUUGGUCUGCAGCUGGUUGCCUUUUGUGUUGCUGUUGUUGGUUUGAAAGCAGCCUUUGAUUAUCACAACGCUAAUAAUAUUAACAACCUCUACAGUUUGCACAGUUGGUGUGGCUUGAUUACCAUCAUUUUGUUUACCACCCAGGUGAGUUUCAGGAGGGUAAUGAUACAUUGGUGCAAUGAACUAGCAUCCCAUUCAGGAGGGGGGAGGGGUGGUAGCAAAACAGUAUUAAAAAACCCGUGAGUAAUAACCUGCAAUUUCAGAGUUCGCUUAAACAGGUUCUUACAUAAAUUGUAAGCACAAAUUUAGGGGGUUCUUAAAUGUCGACUUAUCUCAUUUGUCCAAAUGUACAGAAUUUUUCAUAGGUUUUAGAAAAUAAGAACCUGUUUCAAAUUUUAAGCUUAACAGGUUCUUGUAUCAGGGUUUGCAAAUUUUAUUGCUGCGUGGAGUCAGUGUGACUUCUGCUUCACAAAUUUUGGAGUCAUUUUGGAAUAUUUGGGGUGAAGUAUCAUAACGAAAAAAGCCAUUUUCAGACUUUCCGGCACGUGGUCCAGCAUGUAUACACUAUCGUGAGCGAUACACAAAGUAGCUGUGGCGGUCCACUGACCUGCUCAAUCCGUGAUGGCGGUCAUCGAGUAAACUUUGAUCGUAAUUUACCCUUUUCCUGUUUUAAUUUUGAUGAUUUAAUUAAGGUUUACAACGUUUACAAUUAACGUUAAUUGUAUUUGUUGCGAAAAAGGUAAGGACAAAACUGUGUUUGUUACCGAAAAUUUCUGGAGUCGAAGUGGCUCCCUGUUUGUUACCAAAAAUUUCUUGAGUUGAAGUGACUCCCUCUGUGACCUCAGUGGAGUCAUCUGAACAAUUUUGGCGUAUUUGCGAACCCUGAGUAUAAAGGGGCCUGACUGGCAAUUUUUAGCCUUUAGAACAGGUUCUUGAAAACCAGGUUCUUGCUCGAGGGUUUUUACAGUAUAAGAAAUAAUAUGUGUCAUAUAUCUUGAAAUAAUUAUUAUGAUUAUAGGGAAAAUGGUUAUUAAGCAUGCUAAAAUAUGGUUGGCUAUACCAUUUGAAGUUUUGGCAAAACUGUCUUCGUCUGGGAUCACAAGAAGCAGAAUAUAUUAUAAUUUGAAAGGAAGUUUAUAACUGUAAUUUAUGUAAACAUAAAUUACUGAAACUACAUGUAAGGAAGACAAACUGGUAUAUGUCAGAGCUGUGUAUGACCAACAUGAACAUAUUAAGACAAACUUUUAAUGCCAAUAGUGAUGUCAGAUCGACAACAGUUUUCCAUAGACUCUAAUCUUAUCAACCAUAGAAAUGACGUCAAAAUGUUCAAAACUCAAGUGGAACCAUGAGCUGCAGGUGAGUGGUUUAACUGCAAAGUUUUGAACAUUUUGAACAUUUAUUUGUUGGAACAUUUCCAUUGAAGUAUUUCUUCAAAAAUUGCGCAGCAUUUAGGAGAAAAACAAAUUGCACCAUCAUCAGGUCAUUUCUAUUGUCAGCUACUCUUGUCAAACUUAGCUCUUGACCAAUCAGUGCAUGAAAACUCACUCAGUUUAUGGUUAAAUGUUAUAUAUUUCCAUUUUACUCUUUAUACAGCUUGUUUUUGGUUUUGUGAGUUUUCUGUUUCCUACACUGCCUGAUGGUCCCCGUGCAACAUACCUGUCAGUGCAUGUCUUCUUUGGUAUAUUUAUUUUUGCACUUGCUAUUGGAACCGUUCUCUUGGGAAUCAAUGAAAAACUUUUCUUCACAGGGUAAGUCUCCUUCUUUGUUUUUACUGAACCUCUUGUUUAAUCUACAUAGUUGUACAGGGGUAAGCUAAAUGUAGCCUGAGAAAACAGCCGUCAUUUGGCGAUGUUACCAUUGGUUUCCCCACCAAAUGACGUCUGAGAAACAAGUGCAGCAAUUCCAUACUGAUGAUGCGUCAUUACCCAGAUCUGGGUAGAGACGCAUCAUCAGUAUGGAAUUUCUGCGCUCAUUUCCAGGUGUCAUUUGGCGGAGAAAACAGUGAUAGCAUAGGAGACCGUAGGGCUGCUUCUUGCGAAUCAUUUAUGCAUACUUUAAGACCAUCCAACCCUGUGUUUGGUCUUGCCAUGAGUAGCAAAGGAACCCACUCAUCUUCUAGUGUAUUACGAAGCUGCCGGAACUAUAAUAACAAAAUGUGUAAGACAAAAAGAUUCUCAGAAUUUGUAUCUGUGAAAUAUUUAGAUUUUUUGUCAUAAGAUAAAUGUUAAUUAUGUGUAAUUUGCGUACGAUCCUGUUACCCAGCUCUUAGCUGCAAAGGGUUCUGAAUAAACAACUCUACUCUACUCUAAAUGUCGGCUGUUUUCUCAGGCUACUCAGCUAAUGCAGUACUGGAAAGAACAUAGUUUUGAUAGUUGCCUUAGGUUUCACUAGUCUCCUGUGGCUCGGUGGCAGAGCAUCUGGACUAGUAACCCCUAAGGUCAUAUAUUGCAGGUUUAACUCUUAUUGGGGGUAUACUCAAUUUUUUUUCUUCUGAGCCACCUGUGUUACUGAAUAAGAAAACAUCUUUCUCAAUUUUUUUCCUACUUGAUAUAAGGAUGUGUCCUUCCAAACAUGUUUGUUAAUAGACAUUACAUUUUGGUUGCUCUUUAAUAAACAUAAAUACAUGUAAUUUGCAUAGAAGCAUAAUUAAAAUAAUCAAAAACAUAUCAACCAUAUCCAACAUUUGGAGUCAGAUUGUGGAAUCUAAGCUAGAUUUGUAGUCCAACGAGUGCCGGACAUUGAGGUGCCAUAGAAUGUGAUUCAAACUUGUAACCCUAGGACAGCCUUCUACUGCUUCUGGCAUUUUCUUCUCCAAGUUUACGCAAUGAUCCAGCAAAUCUCUUCAGUUCACCAACUGUGAACAUAUUAAGUUCCUUACAGGCUUUGUACACUAGCACUUGCUCAAUCGAUCAUUUAAUGUACUCUGAUUCAUUUAAUUGUUUCGUUUUUUUGCUUGUAUUUUUUGUUUGUUUUCACUUUUUUUGUGUGUACCAGUUGUUAGUUGUUUGCGUAUGUCAGCAUUUAAUUAAUUAGUGCUUUCGAAUAUGUUUAUAGUUUUUUUUUUUAUUUAGUGUUUAUCUUUAACUUUAUAACAUCAAAAUUACCUGAGUGAGGUUACCUGCCAGGAAACAUUAAAUUAAGUUAUAAGCAUGUGACACCAUUGCUUUUUCUCAGAGUAUAUGCCUCUCUGCCUGCUCAAGCUCAGCUGGGGAAUGUACUAGGUCUGACUGUUAUUGUUCUUGCUGGAAUUGUUGUGUUUGUGGUGACGAAUGAUGCAUUCAAAAGGGUCGACACAGAAGAGGGUGAACGAGUAUCCCUGAUCAACAAUGACAAAGAAUGA